AUGGCUGAGCAGCCAAUAAGCCUCGUCGACCACACGAAUGGCGCAGACACGCCCUCGACCACCGCAACCCAACCCGAGCAGCAGCCUGCCGACGCAAACUCGCACAUCGACAUCCUCUACGAGAACCAGCGCGGAUGGUUCGUUUUCGGCAUACCCCUCUUCUCGUCCAAAGCGCUAUGGAACCUGAGGCUUGACCCGGCGCCCUGGCAGGAUGCCAAGUUCAGGCCAUCGGCUGUCAACAUCACAAACGCCCAGGUGCCAGACCCGAGCUGGGUGUGGGACUGGAAAACUUGGUACGUCGACAUGAGCUUGGAUGUCGACGAGGAGGGGUGGCAAUACAACAUCCUGUUCAAGCGCUCGGCCUGGCAUGGCAACCAUCCGUGGUUUCACAGCUUUGUCCGCCGACGGCGCUGGCUGCGUAGACGAGUCAAGCAGAGACUGCCACCCAAAACAAAGGCCAACGCAAAGGAGCGAAUGUUUGGCGACACAUUCAGCAUCGGCACGACCCUGGCUAGAUCUACGUUUGGCACCGGCAGCGGCCUGCUGGACAGCUCUCAGCCAAGCUUGGACGAGGAGAUUCGGGACAUUCCGACAUUGAUGAAGAAGCUCAAGGCGGCGGCAAUCGACCGCGAGAAGAUUGUUUACAUACACAGCUUUAUCAAUGAUGGGGGUGAGGAGCUGUACUAUCUCGCAGAGCAGAUACCCGCAAUCAUGUCUAUGCUCAUUUUCCAAAACUCACGCCGUCAACUCCUCUCGACGCUAAUGGACCGUUUCGACACGGCAAAAGAGCACCGCGAAGAACAUGAGAAGAACGGCCAGCCCGAGGGUGAAGCUGAGGAACGGCGAAUCAACAACCUGCUCAAAGCCGUCGAGGCAGCCGACAACGAGUGCAAGAAGCUGGAGUAUUGGAGCGACAUCAAGAAUCUGGCCGAGGAGGGCAAAGCGGGCAACGCAACCGACCCAAAGACGGGUUGGGAUGAGAAAUGGCAGGGACUGGAUGUUAGUGGGGCGAGCCAUCCUGCGAAAUGA